AUGGCCUCGACGCUCGAGGAUGAGAUCGCCUUUCUCCUCAGUGUUGCCGCGCACCUGGGACAUUCGUCGGAGCACGUUGGCGAGAACGAGGACGACGCCGGUGGUGCUCCCCCUGUCUCGUCCCUCACUACGAGCGAGCGUGAGGUGUUGGCAGAGUUGCUGCUGCUCGAGAAGAAGGAGGGUGAUUACGUUUUCGCGACGCGUGCCGACACCGCCGUUGCGGGGGAGGUGGAGGCCUUGCUAGCUGAGAGUCCUUUAACCGCUAUGUACAGAGGGGAGGCGGUCAGCCCUUACACGCGCUUCAUCCUUAGCUUCUACAGCAGCACCCUUUAUGCGCAGGUGCCUACGAAGGUGAACACAAUCGCCAUACGUCUAUUCCAACGCUUUUUGUGCGGCUGCCGCGGCGAUGCCCUUCAACGGCUGCAUCACGGCUGCGGCGGGAGGUCGAUGGAGGUGGUCCUGCGCGAGUGUCUCAACCUGGCCGGUAAUCUCUCGUCCACUCUGCAAAUUGCGGCACCGUCAGAGAUGACGGGACUGGUGAUCACGGAGCUCAACUACGAUGUGCAGGAGGUGUCGCCACUCGACUAUCUCGACGUGAUCUUGCCACACAUUUCGUAUCUUUCUCAAAUGUGCCAGCAGGCUUCCCUGCUGCUGCUGGCGCACGAGGAGAUGGUGCGACAACCGUCUUCCCUUGUCGCAUUGUUUACCAUUGUCUUCACCAUCCGCAACAUGGGGACAGGCGACGACGCGGUUACACUUUUGCUGUCCAGCUGGCCAGAGUGCAGACAAGCGGCGUUUUACCGCAUGAAUGCUUUCUUAAACUGCUUCACAUAA